GGUCGCUCGGCGAAGGGAGAGGGAGGCCGGCAAGAUGGCGAAAGUCUCGGAGAUGUACGACGUGACUUGGGAAGAGAUGCGAGACAAAAUGAGAAAAUGGAGGGAAGAGAACUAUCGGAACAGCGAGCAAAUAGUUGAAGUUGGAGAAGAGUUAAUUAAUGAAUAUGCAGCUAAGCUUGGUGAUGACAUUUGGAUAAUAUAUGAACAAGUGAUGAUCGCCGCAUUGGAUUGCAACCGAGAUGACUUGGCAACGUAUUGCCUUCAAGAACUUAGACGGCAAUUCCCUGGGAGCCAUAGAGUUAAACGGUUAACUGGUAUGAAAUUUGAAGCCAUGGAGAGGGCAGCCCGAAAACGUAAGAUUGCCAUUCGGAAAGCCCAAGGGAAAAACACUGAAGCCAUCCGAGAGCUGAAUGAGUAUUUGGAACAAUUUGUUGGGGACCAGGAAGCCUGGCAUGAGCUAGCAGAACUUUACAUCAAUGAACAUGAUCCAAUAAAACUACUAAUAACUCGAGUUAAAUAUACUCAAGGAGGGCUUGAGAAUCUUGAGCUUUCCCGAAAAUAUUUUGCACAGGCAUUGAAACUGAAUAACCGAAACAUGAGAGCAUUGUUUGGUCUUUACAUGUAUGCUGGCCGUAGUAAGAAAGAGACCAAGUAUUCACUGAAAGCUGUAGAAGACAUGUUGGAGGCGCUACAGAUCACUCAGUCGUAAAGCUUACGAAGGAUAACCGGUGGUGACAAGACUUCUUUCUCCAGUUCCAUAACUGAAAUUCUGUCCUCACAGACUUAAAAGUUAAUUUUAAAUACCUGAUUGUUAACAGUGGUUUCAUGUCAGCAAAAGUUGCUACCUUGAAUGAUACGUUUUAUAAAAAAUAUAAGAUUUCUAUUUAUUGCUUCUAUGAUGGAAAGUCACUGCAGUUAAUAAAAAGAGUAAAUUCUAUUGAACAUCAGUUUCUUCAGACCUGGUAGAGCAAAUGUUUAAGCCAUAACUUGAUGUAAAAAAUUAAUUAAGUGAUAACACAGGAUUAUUUAUUGCACUUGGGGAAGUCUUCAAGAUGUGUACAAAAUAGAAGUCGCCUAUGAAACAUGAACUAUGGAUCAAACUUAAAAGUUCGCCACAAUGAUCAAGUAAUAUUCAGCUGGAUAUUUUGUAUUGCACAAUGCUAUUUAUAUGACUAAUAUAAAAUGGUAGAAAAAUAGUAACUGCUAGACUUUGGACAUUAUGGAUUAAGUACUGCAUUUAAGUGAAGCCUUAUUGGUAGAGUUACUUUCAUGCUGCUGAUUCUAACCUGCAUCUGAAAUGGCUCCUCCAUUUGGUUUAGAUAAAUGAAGACAAUUUUUUUAAAAAUAUAAAGAUAAUUUAUUAAGCUUGCAUGCCACCCAAUUCACAACAAUCAAAAGAAAUUAUAAUAAAACUAAUUAAAGAUAAAAGGUGGCAAGAGGCAAGAACAAAAUGGAAUUCAGUCAUGCUGAACUGGCUUUAGUAGCCAAUUUGCCUACUUGGAUUCUCUUCAAAAUUGACCAGUUCCAGAGAUUUUAUUAUGCUAUCUGAAAAUACACAGAAAAAUGUACUCAAGGGGAUGGUCAGACAUUGAAUUUCUUCCAUGGCCUUACUAAUGGAUUUCCACUCUACAACAAAUUGUGUUUAUUAUUGAUUCUGUUACUGGGCUUUCAAUGUAGAAGGGCUUUAGGGAGAAUAACUAAUGCUUUCUUUUCAUUUGGAACUUUUCAAAUAUUGUGAAAAAGCAUUUGUUUUAGCUUUUCUGAAUUUGUGCAUAACUUAAAUAUGCUUUCUGCGAAGAGAGAAAAAGGGAAUUAUAUGCAACAUGCUGGUGUGGAAAAGUAAUCACUGCCUUAAAUUCAUAACUAUUUAGUUGCAAAAUCCACCCUUUUCCUAUAACUUGCUUGCGCUGUAGGAAUUUUUGCCCAUUCCUCCACAGCAAACAGCUUUACUUCAUUUUUAAAAAUGCCUUUGUGCUUACUCCACAUUCUUUGUCCAAAUGCCAAUUUCCAUGCAAUAGGAACGUAGUUCAAAAGAAUGAACAUCUGAAAAUGGCUCAAAAUUGAGUUAUCUCAAAAUUGAGUUAAUACACAUAAUAAGUUCCAAAAUGGAUCUGUUGUAGGACAAUGCAAGCAGCUGUUUAAAUGGAAUAGUCUCACUGCAUCUCUUAACUUGACGACCCUGUCACUCAAGUCUUUCCUAUGUAAAUCUAGUGAAUAUGAAAUGUUAUUUUUGAUUGAAUAAAUCUAAGAUGUA